UUUUGAUUUUGAGUAUUUCUAAAACUUGUUUCAAAAAGGGGAAGUGAAGAAUCACCAGCUCUUUUGGAUGUUUUUGUGAAGAUCAUCUGAGCACMUCAAGAACUUGGAAUCGGAAACCACCUCUGACUGCAGAGCUGAGGUUAGGCUGAUUAGACCACAACUUUAAGAUCAGCUUGCUGAUGCUUCAGUCUUAUUGAGUGAGACUCCAAAAGAACUGUCUGAUACACUUGGGAAACACUACAAGUGUACCUCUAGAGUAGGGUGUAACCGCAUCUUCUGCUUCCAAACAUCAUCGGCAGAAUCCCAGCAACUAAUAUAAUUUUUCAAAGGAGAAAAGCAACUGGUCGUCACUCUGAAGAUGACAUUUGCCAUGUUACGUACAGUCCCUCCUGCAGGACGCUUCUUGUAUGGAGAUAUUGCCCUCCUUUCAGAAGAUGAUGAUGAGAAUGGCAGCGAAGGCUCAGGCUCCGAAGAGCGCACCACCAAUUCCUCCACAUCCUUUUGUUUGUCCUCAUCAUCCCAGUCUGCCUUUCACAUAAAGGUAAACAGAAAGAGGAAGAUGUGUGGGGGUGGAGGGCUGGGCAUAGCUAGCAUAGGGGCAAGGCUGGGCCCCACAGGGUCAUCUCCUCCUGGGGAAAUUCGACAGAGGACCGCAGCUAAUGCACGUGAGAGAGACCGAACAAAUUCGGUCAACACUGCAUUCACAGCUUUGCGAACGCUCAUCCCCACUGAGCCUGCAGACAGGAAGCUAUCGAAGAUUGAGACGUUACGCUUGGCCAGCAGCUACAUCAGUCAUCUGGGGAACGUGUUGCUUCUGGGUGAAGGGCUUCAUGACGGACAGCCAUGUCAUGCACCCUCGCCACCAUUCUUCCAUGUUAGCUCCUCCCCCAGUCAAGGAUCCGACCAAUCAUCUCAGCCCAAGCACAUCUGUACCUUCUGCCUCAGCAACCAGAGAAAAAUGAACAAAGACAGAGACAGGAAGACGACCAUCCGAAGCUAGCAACGAAGACACAAACCAUUCUGAUAACAUGUUCAUCACUUUCACAGUGCUUCAUGUCUGUUGCUGAAAACGACCAAGACUCAUGAUGCAUUUUAAAGAGUUUUCAAGGAUUUUUUAACACUUCCAGAACUUUUAAAUAAUGUUUUACUUGUUUUUUUUUUAUUUUUAAACAACUUUUUCUUUGACCGUAAUGAAACCAUCAACAUUAUUUUCCAAGGACUUGCACUCUAAUAAUAAUAAUAAUAAUAAACAACAUAAAAACCUUUAAAAACACAAGUAUGAGAGACAUUUUCCUGUGCUCAUAGACUGGAUGCUCAGAGUUUUUAAAAGAAAUGGCACAUGAACAAAAAAGGCAAAAAUAACAACAUGCUAACAAUCAAAAGCUGUAAACGGAUAUAUAAAUGUAUAUUUAUGUAACAUAACAAUAUAUAAUGAAAUUAUGUUAUUUAACAGGAAUAUGACGUUUGAUAAUUCUGUAUGAAAUAAUGGCCAUUGACUUCAUUUGUAGCAUUAGAAAUGUAUUGACUUUAGUGUUAUUGGUUAUUAUUAAUUAUUUCUGAAUGGAAAGCAAUAUGACCAAUAGUGUGUGCAAAUCUGGACAAAAAAAUCUUAAUUUUUAUAUCUAAUUGCAUUUUUGAGUAUUGUCCCAGUAACUAUCAGUUCCAAGUAAUAAAAAAAAAUAUAUUUUCCA